AUGGCGUCAACGUCACAGGGCCAUCCCGGAAACGUUCGUACAAGCACCACCCAAACGGACUCAACGACGAUGUGGGGGCUGUUCGAGCAAGCGCUGGUCGAGGUGCCGUGUCUGCUGGACGGCCUCGACCCGCAAGACUGGGCGAACCUCGCGGCGACCCAGCUGGGCGCUCUGGAGAUGGUGCUGCGCUGUUGCCAGUGCACGAUGCAAGUGCACCCGGGGAGACCGCUGCUGUACGUGCUGGCGCGGCAGCUCACGGGAACGUACUGCAAGGGGUCGAUCGAGGUGAACGGAGUGCGGGUGCCGGCGUCGGACGCGAGGGCGCUGGCGCAGGCACUGCGCGAGAUGGUGCAACCAUACGAGAAAUCUUGGGAUGACGACAAACAGGGGCUGGCCGCGUGGACACAGUUCACGUGGCGGCUUCUACGGGCGGCCGGGGACGCGGGCGGGGACCCGCUGCGCGUGACGGCGCUGGUACCUCCUAGUGACGGAUCCGAGAGCCGCACCGGCAGUGACAGCGCGGUGCUGGCCCUGCGGCCGGUACUGGCGAUGCCCUCGGUGAGGGACCACCUGCAGCGUCUCUCCCUACCGCGUCUGGCCGGAGACUUGGUCGCGCUGCUUCAGGACAGCUUGGGCGAACUGCCAGCACUGCGGCGUCUGGAAGGACGCGGGCGGGGCUCGAGGGUCGCGGUCGAGAUGGCCAAGGAUGGUGCGGCGCUGGCAGGGUUGAUCAGCGAUUGCGCGGCGCUGCGGGAGCUGUUCAUCGCCAGCGCAUCUUUCGAGGAGGAGGCGGCGGAGAGGCUGCUGUGCUGGCUGGCGGGCGCUGGCGAGCUGCGGCACCUGCGGCUGGAGAGAUGCACCAUCGAGCCGGACUGUGCGGGCAAGUGGCUGGCGGCUGGAAGCGCGCUCGGCGCGCUCGAGGUGUACGAGGCAGUGGGAUGUCGGUCGCAGUGGCUGUGGGAGCGCGCGUGGCGGGGGAUGACAAACCUGCAGGAGCUGGUGCUGGAGGGAUGCUUGCUGGGCGGGGAGCUGGCCACGGCGAUCGCGGGCCUGCUGCGAAACACCACGACGCUGCGGCGCUUGGAGGUGUCAGGGUCAACUCAGGGGACUGACUCGGUACAGGCGGUGGUCGGGAUACUGUCGGCGCUGCAGGAGAACACGACGGUGACGGUGCUCUCCCUGAACCUCGACUAUCGUGUGCUGUCGAGCCCGCUCGUGGCAGGGGCGUUGGCAGCGGUGUUGCAGAGCAACGUCACGCUGAAGCACCUCGACGUGGAGGAGCUCGGAGGACCACGCGGCCGCCUGCCCAACGCAGAGGAGGUCGCCGACGCACUGGCGGACAACACGACCAUCGAGACGCUGCGGCUCCCAGACCUCGGGCAACAGUGCGAUGCCGUGAGAGUGGGCGCCGGGCUUGCGCAGUGCCGGUCGCUGCGGCACCUGACGUUGGGCUCUCUGAACUAUGGUGACAGCAGGGCGCUCGGGCGCGAGCUGGCCCGCUCAACGAGCCUCGUGUCGCUCGAGGUAAUGAGGGCUUGGGGCGAGGUGGUGGAAGUUCUGUGGGGCAGCGGUGACCAGAGGAGCCAUCUGCGUCGUUUGUCGAUGAGAGGCCUCCAGUCGAUCAAGCAAGAGUCUGCGGAGAUGUUGGCAUCGCGGCGCUGUACGCUGACCGAGCUGGAUUUGCGUGGCGUGGGUGACAUGUUCUCCGAUCAUUGGCUUCUGGCGGAGACGGUCAUCCCGAGCACGUCGCUGCUGACGCUGAGAGUCUCAAUCAGGAUGCCCGAAGUCGAGAACGGCCCUGAAAUGCUCCAGGAGUGCGCACUGCCGCUGUUGCAGGCGCUGCGGCGCAACAAGACGAUGCGGCUGCUCCAUCUGGAGACGCAGCCGCCGGGCGUGGAGCUGACCCCGGAGGUGGAGGCCGCGCUGGAGCACGUGCGAGAUCGGGUGCGGAUCUCUGGCGCGCCGCUUGACGACUGA